GCGAUACGCGGCGCUCGGAGAUGGCGCGGCCGCCGAACCCCACGUUGUGGCGGCGAGUCUUCCUCUAGAAUGUCUCUGAAGACGCCGACUCCGGCGGUCGGCGAGCGCGAGACAUGGGGCAAGAAGGUGGACUUUCUUCUCUCUGUCAUCGGCUUCGCUGUCGACCUCGCAAACGUCUGGCGGUUCCCUUACCUCUGCUACAAGAAUGGAGGAGGGGCUUUCUUGGUACCGUACUGCAUCAUGCUGGUGGUUGGGGGCAUUCCGCUCUUCUACAUGGAGCUGGCUUUGGGUCAGUUCCAUCGCAAAGGAGCUAUUACUUGCUGGGGCAGGCUCGUUCCGUUGUUUAAGGGCAUAGGUUACGCUGUGGUUUUGAUUGCUUUCUACGUCGACUUCUACUACAACGUUAUCAUCGCAUGGGCUCUUCGUUUUUUCUUCGCCUCUUUCACCACCAUGCUACCAUGGACCAACUGCGAUAAUGAAUGGAACACACCGGCUUGUCAACCGUUCGAAGCCAACUGGGAGACAGCAAAUGCAAGCCGAGUUCGUAACAGCUCAUCCAUGGCACCUCGAGCUACACCAUUCACAUCAGCAGCUUCCGAAUAUUUCAAUCGGGCAAUACUGGAACUACAAGACAGUGAAGGGCUUCACGAUCUGGGAGCGAUUAAAUGGGACAUGGCUUUAUGUUUGCUGGCUGUUUAUAUUAUUUGCUACUUUUCCUUAUGGAAAGGUAUUAGUACGUCUGGCAAAGUGGUUUGGUUCACGGCUCUAUUUCCUUAUGCUGUAUUGCUAAUUCUCUUGGUACGAGGGAUUACCCUUCCCGGUUCAGCGACAGGAAUUGCGUAUUAUUUGAGUCCUAAUUUUGAAGCGAUAGGUCAGCCACAGGUUUGGGUAGACGCUGCCACGCAAGUUUUUUUCUCUUUGGGUCCAGGUUUUGGAGUGCUAUUGGCAUAUGCGUCGUACAAUAAAUAUCACAACAACGUUUACAAGGAUGCCAUUUUGACAAGCGUUAUAAACUCUUGCACCUCUUUCGUUGCUGGUUUCGUCAUAUUUAGCGUGUUGGGUUACAUGGCUUAUACUUCUGGUAAAGAUGUUCAGGAUGUGGCAACCGAGGGGCCCGGCCUUGUAUUCGUCGUUUACCCAGCAGCUAUAGCAACUAUGCCAGGAUCCACAUUUUGGGCGUUAAUAUUUUUCAUGAUGCUGCUAACUUUGGGUUUGGAUAGCUCUUUUGGUGGUUCGGAAGCGAUUAUAACUGCAUUGAGUGACGAAUAUCCCCCAAUUGGUCGUCACAGGGAGAUAUUUGUGGCCUGUCUCUUCACAUUAUAUUUCUUUGUGGGUCUAACAUCGUGCACUAAAGGUGGCUUCUACUUCUUUCAACUUUUGGAUCGAUAUGCCGCGGGGUAUUCUAUGCUGGUCGCUGUUUUCUUUGAAGCAAUUGCCGUGUCGUGGAUUUACGGUACUGAAAGAUUCUGCGAAGAUAUUCAAGACAUGAUCGGCUUUAAACCUGGCCUUUAUUGGCGAAUUUGCUGGCGAUUUAUUGCACCUGCAUUUCUUCUGUUUAUCACGGUGUAUGGGCUUUUGGAUUACGAACCUUUGCAAUACGAAGGCUAUAUAUACCCAUGGUGGGCUAACGCUCUCGGAUGGGCUAUAGCUGGCUCCAGUGUGAUUUGCAUACCGACUGUUGCCAUAUAUAAAAUUUUGACGACCAAAGGAACCUUUUUCGAGCGUCUUCACAUUUUGACAACCCCGUACGCGGACUCGGAGCGCGCCUUACACAAUGGGGUAGUGGUGUCAGAGAGUGGCGGGGUCCGUUUGACGUCAGCUGUCACCACCCCUACUACCCCACCAGUGACCACCCCCAAUGGCUCACAGCCAGCACCUGUGUGAGCCCAACUCUCCUUCGACGUCUACUAUGUUUAAAUGUCUAGCUUACAUAAUUACAGUAGGACGUUCUUUUCGGGCGGGUUUUUAUAUAUAUCUCAAGGUAUAGUCUAGUCUUGAGCAAUGUCAUGUCAAGCUGUAAGGAAUUGCUUUGAAUUGAGUUUUGACAGCUGUUAUCUAAGCUGUCAAAAUAGGGCGGGCUAUUUAAAGUUUUUAUUAUUAGAUUAGCAAGUAGUAAUAACUAGGCCAUAACUUAGUAAAUGGAUAAUUAUUUAAUAUACGCAGUAGCUACUCGAUAACUUUGCAGUAAUCAUAACUGGCUUAUUGUAGAAAAAAAUAAUGCUAAAUUUAAUGCGGUGGUUUGCGCCAUUCAGUAAACCGUCGUUAAUAUAUGUAGUGUAAUUAAAAUUACUUCUGAGCAUAAGGUUGAAGCUGGAACAAUUAGAAAUAGUACGAAGUUCACAAUUUAGUUCUACUAAUCACAAUACACUGGACCCAAGACAAGAAUUUUAUAAUGCUUGCAUAACUGUCAAAAUAUUCAAAUAGUAAAAUCAUCAGUGAUUGUCAUAAUCGAUCAUAAAUAAUAGAAUUAAAAAGUUGAAAUAAAAUUUUAGAAAUUGGUUCCAAAGAUUUCCUGUAGUUUUGCAAUAGACAUAGUUCAAGUAUUUACCUUUCAAGUGUUAUACAUUUCUUAACCUAAUCUAAGAUAAAUUAAUAUUUCAUCACGAGGCAGUUUAAAAUUGCUUAAAAAAUAGUUGUAACUUUUAUUAUAUUUUAAAUCUUUCGAAUAUUCGAUUUGGAAUAUGAAAUGCUGUGUAGAUAAUAGUAAAUGUAGGAAAUUAAUAUUAUAAGCCUGGAUUUAUCUUAUAGGCAUACUUAUGUCGUACUUGAUGUUGUGCAAAGUUCAUAUACCCACAAUAUGGUUAUAACAACCAUUUUAAUGGAAUAUAUAAUAUGUAUGUAGUGAUUUAAAAAAAUAUAUUAACUAUAUUCGAUAUAGCUUAGGAUUUUUCUCUCUCGGUGUUGUGGUUAACUGUUUGAUGGUGUUCCAUUUUUAGUAGGUACUUAAAUUAUGUUAUUUUACAAUUCCUCACUCCGCGAUGGGCAAUGCGGACUGAUGAAAUGUAUUUCUUACUAUGUUUUAUGUAUGUUUAAGCGUAAAAUGGUUCGUAUCAAAGGAUCUUCCAUUAUUUGAUAAGGUCGUCUCCACACGUCGCAGUUAAACGUUUGAUGUGUAUCUGAUGCAUAUAAUCUCUUAUUGUAGGAUUUUUCUCUACCGUUUUAAAUUUUCUUGUAUAACUUUUUCUCUACGUGUUAGAUAAAUAAUAUAUAACUUUAAUCACUUGAACCGCUUUGCAAAGAGAAGCUUUAUAUUUGGCUAAAAUUGUAUCCAUUUUAUAGUAGAAUGUAGAAUUUGGUGUUAAGAUGUUAUACAUUUAUCGUAAUAGUAAAUAUUUAUAAUCUAUUGUCAUACCAGCCAUUGUGACAAUUGAUUUCGCUAAUAAAUUUGUUUGUACUC